CUUUUUUCUUUCUUCCUUAUCCUAAAAAAAAAUGUCCUUACAUUCAAGAGAUUUUUUAAAAAAGUAUACUCUUUUGACAAUAGCAUUUAUCUGUUCAUUAUUUAUACCGUAUCUCCUGUACUCGAUUCGUGCAAAUCCUUUGUAUCAUGAAGCGAUAAAACCAUUUUCAUAUCCCCCCAUGGUGAAGUACAGCUUUAAAUGGCCUAAUAUUGCGUCUUUCAAAAACGAUAUUCCAUCGAAUGAAGAUUCACUUAAAUAUCGGGAAGAUAAGCUCAGAGAAAUUGACCAGAAGUUUUGUGGACAAGACAGAUGUAGAUUUUUGUUGCCUAUUGCCAUAACCGAGCAAGAAUCCAAAGCCCAGCUUCACUUUCGUCAACUUGCGUUCUUGGCCGGGAAGAUAGACAGGACAAUUGUUUUACCCAAUGUCUAUAACAGUCAUUUCGGCGCUUGUUUGCCACACUCUUUUGACUUUUACUUUGACGAAAGCUGGCUGAAAAAAAACGAGAAUCGCUUCAAUUAUAUCACUAUGGGCGAUUUUAAAUCCUGGUUACUAGCAAGGCACUAUGCCGGCGUGGUUCCGACUGGGCAAGAAAUUUAUUUGCAACGCUCACAACGAUCUAGAUUAUUAAAAAAUAUCAAAAAUUGUUUUCAAGAUUCCUUUGAUUUUUCUGGUCGGCCAAAAGUCAAUUAUCAAUUAAUAGAUCAUCAGAAAGCACCAAAAGAUAUGAAUAUGACAGAUAUUAUGAUGAGCUUGUUAGGUGAUGAAGCGAGAAAACACGAAUAUCUUAGUACUACUGAACUUGAAACAGAGUCACCUCCCGUUGACGUAAUUAAUUUAUUUUAUGAUAGAAGGUACCAAUUUAUGAAUAAUCGUAGGGUCGCCGAACCUAUCUCUUACAGUAAAAGAUGGGUUGAUAUAGCGGAUAAAAUAUCUGAACAGUUGAAACCUUAUAUUGCUAUCCAUUGGCGUAUGGAGAGGCUAGAGCCUCUGUCUAAUUUAUUACCUUGCGCGGUGAAUUUAGUAGACGAAAUCCGAAAAUUAGACCCUGAUGGAUCCGAAAGCAAGCAUCCCAACGUAUUUUUGUUGACAGAUUAUCCUCAUCUGUUGAAUUCAACAGGUGCUGUGCCUGAAUCGAACUCUUUUAUGCCAUCCCAAUUAAAAUCACAACACCACAAUGCAAUCACUUAUCUAUAUGAGCAUUUAAACGUCUCGCUUACAACAAUCGCGGACAAAAAGAUUCAUUAUGAUCAACUUCCUAAAGAAAACUGGCAUUUGAUUCCAAUCGACACAAAUGGAAACACUGAACCUACAGACCGUAGUAUACUUGGUAUUAUCGAUAAAUUGGUUGCAAUGAGAGCACAAUGGUUCUUCGCUGGUCGUCCUGGUGUUUGUGCAAAAUCGAGUAGCUUUACUGGUCGUAUUUCAUCCAGCCGGUUACAAGCUUUUAGACAUGGCGACGAUAAUAUUGUCGUUCCACUCAAGACAUUCAACCUUAACACAUAAGCCAUUUCUGUGUAAACAAACAACGCCCAUUUGUACCAUAUAAAAAAAAUUAAUGUAAAUAUUCAUUCCCUCCCCUUUUUAAAUAAAAAUAGCUUUUUCAGUGUCGGUCCGA